AUGACCUGGUUGGUCACCUACCAGGUUCUCCUCACCUCGGUUUCUGGAGCCGAUGCAGCUGCCGCUGCCGCCUCGGUGACACCCGCUUCCUUUGUGUCCUCGGUGGGCUCCAGCCUCAUCGCAAUGGGCGUCGACAGAGCUUCGACUGCACUUCUCUUCGGAGUCUCUUCGGAGUUGCCCGAAGCUUCUUCCACAUGUAUCAGAUGGCCGCAAGUCUGCUCCCCCGCAACGAGUCUCAGGUGCAUGAGAGUUCAUAGCAAUCCCAAACAUGUGGGUGUUGUUGGCUUCACACGCAUCAUGCUCCAAAGGCCCAGGAUUUCCCUUGCCUGUCGCGCUCCGUGCCGGCUGCGCCAUGCUGUGCACAUAUUGAGGUGCGUUGGUUUCGCGAAGUCUCGUCCGAAGCCCAGUUUGAAAACCAAAGCAUUCUCUAGAACCAAACGGGUUCUAACGAGCGUGGGACAUGAGACGUCUUUGAACAGGCCCACAGCCAGCCAUGACUCUGCAGGUGUUGAUCAGCUUCGAGGCCUUUAG